CGCCCACGCCAGACACCGCCCACGCCUGCACCUGCGACCUGGAUGGACUCCGGCUGAGCGCUGAGUCGACACGCGCAUCCCCGCGCCGCCAUGGCCCCCAUCCCGCAGGCCGCCCUGGACCUCGCCAAGUGCUUCCACGGCGAGCAGCAGCUCAUCACCUGGGAGAUCGCCUACAGCGCCCUCUGCGACCCCGAUACCGCCGCCAAGAGCCAGCCGCUGCGCGCCUUCCUGACCGCCGACGAGAACGUCGCCAUCCUCAGCAGCCCAUGGGCCCCGUUCCCCAAGCCCUCGCCCCAGGAAAAGGCCAGGUUCGAGUCUGCGACCGCCCCGAUCAGCGUCACGCCGGCCCACAGUGACCACUACAACUUGGACGAGAUCAAGGAGGAUAGUCUGUGGCUGUCCAAAGAAGCGCAGAUCUCAGAGUACGCCGCCCUGCGCCUCGCUGUGCAGGAAUGGCAGACCAGGCCCACCGUGCAGCUGCUGAGCGGCCUGACAGAAGAGGAGGUGCUGAGCGUCAAGGAGGCUGCCGGCUUGACCAACCUGGGCGCCUCGACCUUUGUCCCCAACAUGUCCAUCCUGAGGGCCCCGGCGACCCUGGACGAGCAGACAAACUCGCAGUUCAACUCGCCUGACCAGCGCAAACUGAGGCUCAUUGGCAUCUACUUCUCCACCUGCACGGCAAUCCUGAGGGUAAGCCAGAUGCUCUUGGCGUGGGGAACUGCCCGAGAUUUGCGCACCAACAAUUCCCGUUAUCCCUCCGAUUACCGCGUAUGCGAUGACCGCUUCGAGCAGCUUGGACAAGCUCUUGCCGACAGACAGAACGCAAAAGAGGAUGCAGCUUCCGACGCGCCUGCUUUGGACCGGUGCAUCACGGCUUUCGAACAGAGGGUAGAAGCACUCGACGACGGUUGCGCUUGGGACGUUCCGGAAUCGAUAGCGGAGAAUGUUGCUGCGCAAUGGAUCCUGAGCCACACCACUCAAAUUGCCCACAUUCUACACCUGACCUUGUUUCACGCCGACGCCAAAGCGAAAGACGUGCUCUUCGGCUCCAGUGUAGAGCGUUGGUUUAUCACGAUAGCUCGCCGGGACUUUUACAAAGAUUUUCCCGAGAAGCUCGAAGGCCAGGGGCCCUUGAUUUCCCUGAUUCAAGUGCUCAUUUCAAAGAUAUCCGUCGCGAUCUUGAAACCUCAACAAAUCUUCGAUGACUUUGACUACGACAGAUACGAUCAGUGGGGCGCAGCCUCUUAUAUCCUCGACGGUGGUGUGCUUGAGGUACUUACACAGACCUUUCGGUAUUCAGUCUUGUUAGGGCCUACCCCGGUGCUUGCCGCAGUGUUUGCUUGGUCCUCUAUCCUGUGGCGACUUGCAUUGCAUGGCCACCAGAUCGAAGAGGAACGGGAGCGUCAAUUGGAAUCGGCUGCUCCAGGCUCACGCAUGUCUCUCCCAGCCCCUUCCCAGCUUGAAGAAGCGGCACUCCACAUAAAGAGAUUCGAUACAAGUGAGAAGUCAGUAUUCGCCGAACUGGCCGAAGAAUGCAUUUUGCAAGGUGUACUCGGCAUCAUGGCCGGCCUCCUCGGUACUGGCAUGACUGCACUUGGAUCUGGCAUCGAUCGAGUCUCCCGCGACAAAUUUCGGUUGCUGUAUGUGCAGGUCAUCCGCGCAGCUUUGUACACCGAUGCGAUAGACUUUAGCCACGAAGGCCUUGUUGAUUGUGUUCAUCUGAUCCUAGUAGGCGAAAGGUCAGCGCACAACUGGUCUGCGUACGAUGCGCCUCGUCACACCGAUGAUCCCGUGGUGACAUUCGUUCGGGAAGACCCUGAGCUUCGACGGAAAUUGCUUCAAUCGGCUCAGAUAUACUACCCCUACCAAGUGGAACCUUUGCUUCUCUUUUCAAGCGCGUUGAUCCGAGGGGAGGGCCCGAAACAAAAUGGAGACGCGUCCGCCUACGAUGACCUGAUUCAAAUGGGUUCAGCGACACAACGAAUGCCGGUUGGCUUUGUUGACUACCGCCUCGAACACGAGGAUGCCAAUGAAAAUCGUGUCGCACUGGCAGUAGAUCUCCCGCAGUUUACCAAAUCCAGCACCUCAAGCUUCUCGACCCAACGGCGUUUACUUGCUCCCAACUCUGCGCCGCAAGUCGAGGCGUCCAUGAUCAUCGAUGCAGAUACGCCGGGUGUUAUUCUCGACGACACUGACCAACCCUAUAUUACGCGGUGGCGCUAUCCUCACUCCGCUCUGGAGUACUUCUACCACCUGCUCUCAACGUACCCCGUAGGAAGCACCAAGGUCGUAUACGCAACGCAAGGAACUGCAUCCACUGCCGAGGCUGCUAAGAUUAUUGAACUGUUCGCCGACAUCAUGCACUCGUCACUACAAGCUUCUAGGGCCCGAGGCGACGGAAACAGUUGUUCUGUUGACGUGUUGACAGCCCUGAGCAUUGGCUCAGAGCAUAGUCCGGAUACUGUCAGCAUUGUGCUGACUAUAUUCGAGGAGCAAUUGCUUCGGCAGUACCAAGAGCCUUCCAGUGAAGUCUCACUCCAACUGUUGGUGGCAUGCACGCACUUUAUCCAAGCAUUGAUUGCAGUCGCUCCCAAUAGAGUCUGGCCAUGGCUGGCAAGGAGCCGGCUGCUACAAAGUGAUGGAACUGGCGGCAGCCUAGCCAGCAUCUUGAUCGGCACCGAAAUGGUCCUCGGUAGCUAUCAGUUCCUCAUCGGUUGUAUCAGGAUCUUCCAAGCGUUGCUUGUCGAUUCUGUGGGCCGCUCCGUCUCCCGCAAGUCCUCGAGCUCGAACAGAGUUUUGACACGCUUCAACGCUUCAGCCGCUCCCGAAAGCGGUACAUCGGAAAAGUCUAUGAGCAGCACACUUCUCACCUUUGGCAAAAUGCUUGCGAGCAUCUACGAAACGUCACUGGGCUGGAAGUACAACUCUCACGAAGACCGAUUGCAUAUCAACAUUGGAAUAUGUGAAGCAUUCUCAUUCAUCCUGAAGAUGGCCUACAGCGUCGAUGAUGUGCCCGACCUCGGCGAGAAAUUGACCAACAUCAUUGCACCGACUGCCAGCUAUAUCACAGAGUUGUAUCUCGCGAGAUCUAGGAACGACCUACCAACAAAUCCCAUACUGUCCUCUUUACUAUCCGGAACGGAUUUACUUCAAAACACAACCUUGACGAGCGGAGCAGCUUUGUCCAAACGUCAAACUCAGUCAACACUCGUGUUUUCAGAGACUCUUGUACGUGUCGCGAUACUGCUCGAGAGGCCUUGGACACAUCUUGAACAGCAACUAUUCAAAGCUACACCGCUCCUAGCACGACUUUAUGUUACAAGUGAGGUGUGGAAGUCCCCAGUUGUCACGUUACUCGAGAUCUUAGUUCGUGGUGCGGUUCGCGUUGUGGAAGACCCAUCACAAGAGAUCAAGGGAACGCCGCGUAAAGAAGAGCAUCGUGAGCCUCCUUCGCUCCUUGGCCACCUUGGCCCAAAGACCGCGAAGAACUUCAUGCUUGUGUUAUCCCAGCUAGACGAACCGCUGAAGAUAACCGACAUCCAGAAAAGCGUUUGGAGCCUGCUCACCGCUGUAGUCACAUGCAAACAACGAUGGUUCGCGUUGUAUCUGCUCACUGGCAGCACGCCACGAGAGAUUGUCAAGAGCAAGUUGAAGACUGAUUCUCAAGCACCCGCGAGUAAGUCCCUCCUUUCGCGAGCCUUUGAUGCAUUGUCACAUCUGGACCUAAACCGUCAAAACCCACCUUGGAGUCUGUGGACGGCGAUGCUGGAAUUCAUUACCUCGGCGCAGAAUCACUGGUCAUGGGCGAUGGGAGAUCUUCGGGAACGGAAGGAAUUUAUCCAGCAGCUCAUCGCGUUCCUUAAAUGGAUAUCAAAUCAGCCUCCACCGAAAGCAGAAGAAGCCAUCGAACUUCGCUCUUUGGAGAAUAAAUUUGCUUCACUGGCCGCCGAAAUAUUGGCCAUGCACCUGCAUAGCGCUCGACAGUCUGGCGACAAUGCAUCGGUCAAGGAUAUAUUUGGCGCGCUGGCUUACUACCAGAACGAGGCUUUGAAGCUGCCCCCGUAUAAAGUAGCCCUACAUGCCAAUCUUCAGAAGAACAUCGAAGAGAAGUUUCCUGGGGUCAAGCUCGCCAACUUCAAACGCACAACGAUGCAACCCUCGUCUUACGGACCUGGCUUCUUCUAUGAUACCGAUAUCGCUUCUUCAUUACUCGAUUUUGACGGCAAGUGGUUAGGACCUAGGCUCGGUCAAGGAUUCAAAGCAGAGGUCGAGCGAGCCAACAGAAAUCUCAGCCUCGUCGACUCUCACGUCAAGCUUCUACACAGCUGGAGACUGCUUGCUCUAGAGCUAGGCCACUUUGCCACGAAAGACCCGCGCAUCACCACGUGUCUCAUCGAGGUGACGAAUCAAUGCAUGAAGGCAAACGCGGACUCUAGUCUCCCCGAAGCUCUAUUUGGACAGCUUAUGAUCCUACGGGCUGACCUCGCCUUCGCGUUGCUCAAAAGGCUUGUGGAAAACCGCUUGAAAUCUGAAGAGGCACGCUUGCUGCUGGGACCGGUCUGGAAAGCCGUUCGUGCGGCUACUGCCGAUUUUGAUGUCGUCUUCUCCAGUGAGGAGGUGGACUACUACCGCACGCUCCUCAGGAUUCUGUAUCUCACGCUGCAUUUCUAUCUUGUCGACCCGUCCGACAAGGUCGACCCCAAAGAAGCGACCUUGCGCUCAAGUUUCCGUGGUACUAUCGUGCAGCCCAAGAAUAAGAAUGAAGCGCCCAUAAACAUCUCCCUCGAGCUCCUAGAAAUUCUCUCCGACACUGUCGCCAAGGGAUUCCGCAGCCUCGCAACACAGCUCCACAACGACCCGUCCUCCGUCUCUCCCUCGGACUUCGCCCUUCUCACCGCCCUCGUUCAGCGCAUCACCGCAAUCCCCGAGAUGGCAACAUCUCACUCUCAAAUCACCCUCCUCUUCGCCAACAGCAACACCGUCCGCUACGCCUCCUCUCUCUUCUCCUGGUCCGACCGCCUGACCCUCGACACCCACACCAACGGCGCAGGCACGACCUCGGACCCAAUCUAUGGAGAGCUCUCCCUCCUCUUCAUCCUCUCCCUCUCGUCGGUGCGCGGCCUCGCCGAGUCGAUGGCCGUCGAAGGCAUCCUCUCCCAGCUCAACAACGCAAACCUCAUGAACUACUUUCGCCGCCCCGGUGGCAUGGGCCCCUUUGAUAACCCCGUCCGCAUGCACUCAAUCUGGACAAAGGGCAUCCUCCCGCUGUGUCUGAACCUCCUGCUCUCUGUGGGUGCACCCCUCGCGGCCGAGAUAUCGAGCUUCCUCAACGCGUUCCCCGAGCAGCUGGCCCGCAGCUCCAACGCGCUCAACUCCCGGUAUGUCGGCAAGAUCACGCUGAAUCUCGCGAGCGAGAUGCACAGCCUCGCACUCAUAAGCAGUAUCAUCGACGCGGUUAAGGCUAGUGGGGUCAGGGAGGGCGUGCAGCCGGGUGAUGUGGCGAGUCUGGAGUGGGAUCGGGAGAGUGUGAAGGAAGAUAUUGAGGGUUGGGUAGGCAGGAUGGGCGCGCUGAGGGAGCGCGUGGUCGGGGAUGGGACGCAGGCUUAUGAGGACAAAGUUGUUGCGGAGAUCGAGGCGGCGGGGGUGUGUUUGGGAUUAGGGAGGGGGUAG